AUGUAUCAUUUUGUUUUCCAGCAUCCCAAGCCUCAGUCAUCGGCUGAUCGACGGCUCGCCGAGCUGCAAGAUUCGGAUGCCCGGUCUCAUGCAGCUAAAAUCGCAUAUCUAAAGAAAAAGGCGCAACAGCGGAUCGAGCAAAUUGAUCAUGAUAACUUGAUCGAGUCGACGCCUGAGGCUGAAUGGGCCUGGUUGACUGUUCUCGAAGAUGCAGAUUCUCCCGAAUCAGACUCCUCGGAGUGGCACCGUCUCCUCGAGAAGAAGACGCAAAAAGACACCCUACAUCGUCGGCAAUUGCACCCUCUGGCAAGAGGCACUAGAGUUCUCCCCCGAACUAAAUUGUCUGCCCGGUCUCCUCUGUCGCAGACGAGCAGAGAUCCGUUUGACUCUUACCCAGAGCGUAGAUUGCCCGAGAAUGUAGAGAAAGUUGUACAAUAUGCGUUUGAGAGAAUAUGGCCAGACAUGCUCUGUUCGGUGCGCGGCGAGAGCCUGGCAAUUGCCAAGCAGGAAUGGAGACAUCAUGGCCUGGACGAUGAGUUGCUGUUCCAUGUUCAGGUGGCCCUCGCCUGCGGCCUGAAUCUGGCACUCCAGAAUGUCCCAAAAGUCUCGGAGGGUCUCGCUCUCGCCCGUUUGUCUCACUUCUCCAAGGCUAUCCGGCUGCUGAAGCAACGGAUCGAGAGUCUCGAUGGGCCGGCCUCGGAGGACCUCAUGAUGAGCGUUUUGAUAUUGGGUGUCAACGCGGAUGUUGAAUCAUCAACGCCGGAAUUUCACCCUCAAUCCCCGCUGGCCACAUCUCAAUAUAUGCAUCUCUAUGGAAGACUGACGCUCAUGCCGAGCUACGCCAAGGCGCUGGAACAACUGGUGAAGGAUCGUGGAGGCAUCUUUGCUCUGAGGCACCUUGCUUUGCCGGAUUGGCUUCUCCUUCGCAAGCACGUUCCUGACGCAAAAGCCAUCUUGCUCUCCGAGAAACUCGGCCACGGCUUCCACGGCAUUGACAAGGCUCUGACUGCUGGCGUCUGCGAAGCGGUAGGAAGGGGCGUGGAGGCCACAGUGGCGCUAGACCACUACCAUCGCCACGAAAACUGCCAACCACGCCUGGUGGACGUUAUGCUCGCAGCAAACGAGGCGCAGCGAUCGUUCCUGGAACUCAACUCAAAAGAGGGGUUUGGUCUGGAGCAACUGGUACAUAGCUGCUGUCGUUUGGGCUCAUUGAUCUACAGCGAUAUGGUCCUUUUUCCGAUGCCGAGUUGUACCAAGAUAAAGCCACGCCUAGCUCAAGAGUUGAGGCAAUUUUUGGAAGAAUCUCAAGAGAUGCAAGUGAUAAUAGAAGAAGGCAAAGAUUCGAUCUCCGACAUGAUUCUGUGGGUGUUGGUCAUGGGCGGAAUUGCUGCAGCCUUCACCGAAAACCGGCAGUGGUUCCAAACCAGAUUAAGAAGAAGGAUUAAAUCCGACGCGAAGUUCAAGUCGGGAACUUGGGCAGAGUUCAAGUGGCACGUUUCCAAGUUUCUUUGGUGGGAUCCUGUGGUGGACGGGCCUGCGAUGAAGCUCUGGAACGAGGUUACAAAUAAGCUGCGAGCGGCAAGCAAUGAGAACAAAGGCUAG